AUGAACAAUCACACCUCGGUGACCGGAUUCCUGCUCCUGGGUUUCUCAGAGGUCCGGGAGCUGCAGCUGGUCCACACUGCACUGUUCCUUCUGGUCUACCUGGCGGCCCUGACAGGGAAUCUCCUCGUUGUCACCAUCACCACUCUCGACCGGCACCUCCACACCCCCAUGUACUUCUUCCUCAGGAACCUGUCCAUCCUCGACCUCUGCCUCAUCCCCAUCACCGUCUUGCUAGUGAUUCUGUUUGCUGCCUCAGAGAUGUUUGUCUUCACGGUGAUGCCCUAUGACCGCUACAUGGCCAUCUGCAGCCCCCUGCGCUACGAGGUCUUCAUGGGUCGAGGGGCCUGUUUAUUCUGUGACAUCCACUCCUUAUUGAAGAUCUCUUGUUCUGAGAAACACGUGGCCGAAGACAUAAGCAUUGCCAUGGGGGCCACCUCCGGUUUCUUCUCCUUUGGAUUCGUAGUCCUUUCUUACAUUCACAUCUUCUUGGCUGUGCUAAGGAUGCCAUCGUCAGAUGCGCGGUCCAAAGCUUUCUCCACCUGCCUGUCCCGCCUUGUCGUUUUCACUCUUUUUAUCACUACAGGCGCCUUUGCCUACUUAACACCUCCCUCUGCCUCCCCAUCAACGCUGGGCCUGCUGGUGUCCGUGUUCUACACGGUGGUGCCCCCGAACCUGAAACCCCUCAUCUACGGCCUGUGA